AUGUAUCUCAGUCCUCACCGCCGUCUCCACCACACCCCCUACAUCUACGCAACGGGAGCGCUAGAACACAACGAAGAGAGGAUCCCAAAUUCCGGUUCCGAAGUUGGGAAGUUUGGCACGGCUGCCUCCAUGCCAGAUGCAAUGGCACUGCUCAAUAAUGGAAAAGCCGCUGCUCAGGGAAGCCUAUCCACGCUCAAUACUCACAUCUCUGGGUAUUCAGUGUGGCCCAGGAAACAUGGCCGUCUACUAAGGACACGCAUUGAUCCGUGUUUGUGCACGCCCAGGAGAAGCGGCCACAACAACAAGGGUUCACGAACGACCUGCCGAGGCAAAGAAAACAGAAACCACCUUUCUGUUCGUGGACCCCAAAUGGCAGCCCGUAGGGCGCCAACUUUGUCCCAGCCAUCCAGGGAGACGAUUCAACUUACGUGA